UAAUUAGAUCCUUGUACAUUGGAUGUGUAGAUCUUACGCUUAAACGUCGAAUUGCUGUUUAAUGUUGAUGUUCUAUGGAGUCUGGCUUUUUAAAAUUUUUGCUGGAAAAUAUGCUCAAUUGACCAUUAAUAACGUCAUUUUCGACAGUCUACAACACGCGAUGACCGCAGUGCGCAGGCGCGCAUCUUUCACUCCGGAAGUAUUCGUUGUGACCCCGCGUAACAGGCGCGCUUGCCUGAGUGUAAAGACACGCCGCUUCUGGCUUCCCGCGGUGUUGUGUUUGUCCGACUGAGUGCGGCGCACGGUGAGUUGAUUUCUGUACCGAGACCCGCGCGAGCUUCACAGGAUGGAAACUACUAAGAUCAAGAUGGAGUCCAAGGAAGCUGCAUCCAAUAUUAUGAAAUCCCUUUAUUCCUUCUACCAGUUUGGCUACCUGUGUGACAUCGCUGUGCAAGUCGAGCAGCAGGGGCUACAGGAAGAGUUUAAAGCACAUAAGAUCAUUUUGGCGGCUUGCAGUGAUUUUUUCCGGAAACUUUUAACCAAAGAAGAGAUGUCUGUUUCCAAAACACCUGUCGUUACUUUGCAGGACAUUCAUACUGAAGACUUCUCCAUGUUUCUUGAGUUUGCAUAUACAGCAAAAGUACAUGUGGAGCCUGAAAAGGUGAAGCGGUUAACGGAAAUAGCAGAGAAGCUGGACUGUAAAGAUCUAUUGAAUGUUUGUAAGACUAGUUCAGCAGAAACAAGUGCAGCAUCUUCACAAAUGAUAGUGGAUGUGAGCAGCCGCAAUAGCACUGAAUACCCGGAGAGGUUCCAAAUAACACCAAUACAUUGUGAUGGCACUCUGGAAAGUGAAAGGUCCGUCGGGGAGAAAAACAAAGUGGUUGGCACUCCAGUUCAGCAAGCACAGACUUGGUUACAGCAGGGGCAGAAGACCGUUAAUGUGUGUGGUGACAUGCGUGAUAUCCCCCAAAAUAAAGACAGUUUGACAGACGUUAUAGAUUUGGGAAAAACAUGCAUCCUUGUUCAGAGACUACAUCCUGAGUUAAAGAUAAAAGGUGACGAGGAUGGUAGUAAAAUUAGAGAGUCUCUUAGAAUAAACAAAAAUUGCCCACAGGUAAUUUACACAUGUAAUAGGUGCAGCAAAAGUCUUUAUACCAUAAGGACAUAUCAGACACACAUGAGCAAAGAGCAUGACAUUAACGUGCUUGUCAAACACGGCUGUGAUAUUUGCAGCCAGCUCUUUGCCACUCACAAAACUCUGCAGCAACACAGGUUUGCAGUCCACAGUGACGAAAGACGUUUUACUUGCAUAAUCUGUAAUAAAACGUUUAAACGGCAAAAGGACAUCAGGGUCCAUGUUAAACGGGUACACGAAAAGAAGUCGGCUCCUCAGUGCUGUCCUUACUGCAACAAGAGCAUAAGUUCAAAAGGCGGUCUCACUGUUCACAUCAGAGUACAUACAGGAGAAAAGCCUUACCAGUGUUCGGAUUGCUCGGCUAGGUUUGCACAGAAGUCUGCCUUCAACAGCCAUGUGAGAAAAAUACAUCAUUCUGGAAAAGAUAAAAUGGCAAAGCCUGUGUACUGGAAGCUGGCUACUCCAAAUGAAGAAUCGAUUCAAAAUGAUGAUGCAGGAGGGGGUGGCAAUUCCUCAAAACACACAGACGCCAAAAUGUUAAAUGUGAAUAUCUACAGUAGUGAUAAACAGAACAGUGUUUUUUAUGAAAACCAAACCACUACCUCGGAGGAGAAGGGCCCAGAUUCACUCAACAAUUCAAAGAUGGGAAGUGAGCCGGAGACAUUUCUUGGUAUACUGGAGGAACAAGCAAGGAUAGAACAAUUAGAAAAGGAAAGAGAGGAGGCCAGUGAAGAAAAGUCAAAUCUGAAGAACGUCUUGGAAUGGGCUGAAACGCAGCGAGCGGAGAAUAACCGUCAGGACAACCAACAUAGCAAACAGGAUGUAUCGGGAAGUGCAUCUGAUGAAGACGCUGGAAAUAGCAGUGACCUGGAUACAGAUUCUGUAAAUGCUGAAAAAAAUAAAACUGUUGCAUCGGAGUGCUUUAGUUCAAAGAAUGAUACCAAUGUAAUUACGUGUGACAAAUGUGAAGGACAAUUCACGUCCCGAAAGAAAUUUGUCUCUCACUACAAAGAGACACACCAGUCUGUACCAGAAAUCGUGUAUAAAUGUGACACCUGUGGUAAAACGUUUGCAAGCUGCAGCACGUGGAAGGAACAUCAAGCUUGUGUCCACACAGAUGACCGGCAGUUUGCUUGCAUACUCUGUAGUGCAACCUUUAAACGCAAACGAGAUGCUCAGUCUCACUACCUUCGCAAGCACGAGGGCCAAGUCAAGAGACCACUGUGCUCUGUAUGUGGUAAGAUUUUAAGUUCCAGGACUGCACUGGUGUUUCAUAUGAGGACCCACACGGGAGAAAAGCCGUACAAAUGCUCUGUAUGCGAUGGCAGGUUUGCUCAGCCAUCUCAGCUCAAGAUUCACAUAAGGUCCCACACUGGUGAGAAGCCAUAUAUCUGUGAAGAGUGUGGUGCAUGCUUUUCUAACAAAAGCAAACUGGACAGCCAUAGAAGAACGCAUACAGGUGAACGGCUAUACAGGUGCGACUUUUGUGAAAAGAGAUUUGCAACCAAGGAAUACCUGAAGUGUCAUAAACGAUGCCAUAUGGGAGCAAAACCAUAUAAAUGCAAAGUGUGCGGAAAAGCCUUUGGCCUGCGAGCCUCUCUAGCACAGCACAAUAAGAUGCAUACUGAUACACGGCCAUAUUUUUGUGAAUUGUGUGGAAAGGCUUUCAGUCAACAAGGAGCCCUGAGGCGACACCAGAGGAUACACACUGGAGAAAAGCCCUACAAAUGCAAAGCCUGUGACCGGAUGUUUACUGACAAGUCCAUUUUAAGAAGACAUGUUGCGGUUCAUGACAGGAAGGCACAUUGGAGGACUUACUUAAUUGAUCUUACCACGAAGAAAGACCACAACUGGUCCAAAAUUGAGACAUUAACAGACGGAUGCCUUGCAGGUCCUGUGAAUGAUGACUUUACAGACAUAUUAGAACAAGCUCAUGAAGAACGAGAGAAGACCAGAAGGAAAAAGACAUAUCUGUCUGCAAACUCUACCUCUUAAUGUAUAAGGAUAGAUCAAAAAAGUAAAGGCAAUUUGAAAAUUGCAUGGUAACCUCCACAAAUGAAAGCUGAUGCAGUAUAGCACAUUUACGAUGGCAGGGUUUACUGUCUCUGCCCAAAGAAAUCUCGCUAUGGUGCAAUCCCGCAGUGGAGUGCCCAUAUUCAUUCGACCUUGGAUUCAACAAUCCGCAAUAAAUAAUGGAAAAAUCACUGUGCAGUGCAUGUUCAGCUACCCAUAAGCCAUUGUGAAGGUAUUGUGUCCGCUUCUGCCUGUAAUGGUUAAUGCAUACUUUUCAAAUUGCUUUUACAUUUUGAUUUAUACAUGUGCAUAAAAACAUGUAUUUUUAAACUAUACCAGUAUGUGGUAUGCUUUCAUUUGUUUACCUAAGCAUUUCAAGAAUACAUUAUGUCCAAAAAUGUUCUGAAGAAAAUUCUAAUACAUUUUCUGCAAAUGUGUAUUAA